AUGACAACUUCGCUUGAUAACCUGAACAGCCGUGCCGCAGAUGAGGUGACACUCAAUGGGGAUGCAGCGGUUGACAUGAAGGCUGAGCUGGACGACGAGCGACGAGACGUGCCCGAGGGCUGGGUCAGAGCUUUCGAUAGGAAGUCUGGCCACCACUUCUACGCCCCCUCGAACGCGUCGGGCAAAGACGACAGUACCUGGACACACCCUUACGACUCUUCCACCUACCUCGCUUCUCUACCGGCGGACCAUCCUGCCAGUCCUAGGUCAUCCGCCGCUCAGGCAUUGAAGCAGAAGGCGGCGGAUGAGCAGGCCACUUCGACCUCCGGUGCGCCGAAGGAGGGGGGCUGGCUCAGCAAGCUCGGGAAAGCUAUCGGUGGGGAGGGACCCUCUGCCGAAGAGAAGCGGGCUAUCAAGGACGCCGAGGAGAACUUUGCCAAGCGCAUGGAAGCGCUCAUGAGUGGCGAUAUCACCGUCCUUGGUAUCAAGCAAAAGUACGCAGCAGACCCAUUCGCCUAUCCCGCGCCUACCGCCUCAUUCGACCGCAAGGCUGCCUCUGGUGUCGAGUAUGCCUAUGGGUAUCGAGGAGAGUAUCAGCGCAAGUAUACCCGCGAGCUCGGCUACGACCGGAUCGCCAAGCAGGCUGGCGGGUUGUCGGGCUACAUCGACGGGGUCUUGCAGGGUGCUGGGGUUCCUGUUGCUGGCUUCAACGCCAAGACGGGCUAUGGCUAUACCGGGGAGGUCAAGAAGUAG